CGCCGCGCGCCCACCAUGAACCUGGCCAGUCAGAGCGGCGAGGCCGGCGCCGGCCAGCUGCUCUUCGCCAACUUCAACCAGGACAUCACACCAGAGAAAAAGGCAGCAAGAACAGCUCAUCUGCGUUGUCUUCCUCCUACCUGGUCCCUAGCUGUUGGUAGUAAGUCCGGUUAUAAAUUUUUCUCCCUUUCUUCUGUGGAUAAGCUGGAACAGAUCUAUGAAUGCACUGACACUGAAGACGUGUGCAUCGUGGAAAGACUGUUCUCGAGCAGCUUGGUAGCCAUCGUCAGCCUCAAAGCUCCUAGGAAGCUAAAGGUUUGCCACUUCAAGAAAGGCACUGAGAUCUGCAACUACAGCUACUCCAACACGAUACUGGCUGUGAAACUGAACAGGCAGAGGCUCAUUGUGUGUCUGGAGGAAUCUCUGUACAUACACAAUAUCCGGGACAUGAAGGUGCUGCACACCAUCCGGGAGACGCCCCCAAACCCAGCAGGACUGUGUGCACUGUCCAUCAACAACGACAACUGCUACCUGGCGUACCCCGGCAGCGCCUCCAUCGGAGAGGUGCAGGUCUUCGACACCAUCAACCUGAGAGCUGCCAACAUGAUCCCCGCUCACGACAGUCCUUUAGCUGCGCUGGCUUUUGACGCCAGUGGAACCAAGCUUGCCACUGCUUCUGAGAAGGGGACCGUGAUUCGGGUAUUUUCCAUUCCAGAGGGACAGAAACUCUUUGAGUUCCGGAGAGGAGUUAAGAGGUGUGUGAGCAUCUGUUCCCUGGCCUUCAGCAUGGAUGGCAUGUUCCUCUCCGCUUCCAGCAACACGGAGACCGUGCACAUCUUCAAACUCGAGACUGUGAAGGAAAAACCUCAGGAGGAGCCCACCACCUGGACUGGCUACUUCGGGAAGGUGCUCAUGGCUUCCACUAGCUACUUGCCUUCCCAAGUAACAGAGAUGUUCAACCAGGGCAGAGCCUUCGCCACAGUCCGCCUGCCCUUCUGUGGCCACAAAAACAUCUGCGCCCUAGCCACAAUUCAGAAGAUUCCCCGAUUGCUGGUGGGAGCUUCCGACGGGUACUUGUACAUGUACAACCUGGACCCCCAGGAGGGGGGCGAGUGCACCCUCAUGAAGCAGCACAAGUUGGAUGGCAGUAUGGAGACAACCAAUGAGAUCUUAGACUCCACCUCUCACGACUGCCCCUUAGUGACUCAGACCUACAGCAUGGCUGUAGCCAAAGGUGCCCACGUGCCUGCAUCUCCAACGAGGCUCGCCUACACUGAUGAGCUGGGUGCCGUGGGCGGAACAUGUCUGGAGGAGGAAGCCAGCGCCCUGCGGCUGGAGGAGGACAGCGAGCAUCCUCCCAUGAUUCUUCGGACGGACUGAACUUAACCUGUGAACUCUGACCCCAAAGCAGAGAACACUGGCUGACAGAGGACUUUGUGUUAUGCUGCUAUGAACUUUGAACUGAGUUGGGGGAGAGGAUGGCAGAGACUUAAAAAGAAAAAAAGAUUGUAGCUGUAGUCUCGUUCCCUACUGUUGAGAAAUACAUGGUUUUCACUUCAGUGGCUUUUAAUCUGCUAUGAAUUUUAGCUUUUUGUUUGUUUUCUCUUUUUGCCAAAAUUAACUGUUUGGUGAAGCCCUUGAAACCUCCUUGCUUUGCAUGUUAAUGUGCCAAGCUGGCCUAGGACAGCUCGAAGCCACCCCCGCUGCGGCCGUGCGCGGAUGAGGCGCAGAGCAGGGCGGGUCUGCCCGGACAGCCCGAGGUCCCGGCUGGCGUCGGCGGCAGCCUCGGGCAGGGGUCCUCUCAGAGUCCCUCCUGGGCCAUGUCCUCUGCUUUAUUUUGUUAAUUAAAUUCUUUCCAAAUUGGACUAUUCUGGGAUUUCUUCCAUGGCGGACUUCUGGUUUUGAUCUUGUUUUCCACGAGGGUGUUGACAGAGAGGUUCUGUCAUUCAGACCCUUUCCUUCCAGCAGCGAGGGAGCUUGAAGGCGUGCCUAGGAGCACCAGAGCCCAGGGUCGCAGUCUCCCCUGUGUAAUUAAAUAACCUGGUCGAUGCUUUCAUCCUGUUGAACCUCCGUGU